CCCAAACACACACAAAACGCAUUUCAUUUGCCACAGACUCAUCUGUCCGCGUAAUGACACAUAAACAGUCACAUUAACCAAACCAAGCAGACGACCAUGGAUGACUGUUCACCCAUCGAAUCCUUCCCUAACCUCCACCACCAUCGCCAACGCCCAUCCCUUCACCUCACUUUGCCCAACCUGCAGAGCCCAGAAGCCGGGUAUCAACCUGCGCUGGACCCCCUGGAGCAGUACGGAACCAGGGGGGAACAAUCUGCCGCGUCUUUCUCGAAUUCAAGCAGCUCCUCUGGGGGGAGAAAGGGGAGCAGCGGCGGAGAUAGAGGAUUCCAAAACACAAGUGGUAGAGGUAUGGGUGGAGAUGAUGGCUUGAGAGGCCAUCGGGACAGAGAUGGCGGGCCGGGCGGUCAGUUCACUGACGCCUGGGUUGUUGGCAUCAAGAAAGAAGAAGUAUGGGAAGACGGUGAAAGCUCUACAGAUGUAUUUUACAGUAAAGCCGAUUGCUACAAUAACCCAAAUGGGGCUUUUUACACCAUGAACUGUGACAGCGAGGAAGGACUCAGUUGUAAACUCAGAGCAAAUUAUAAUAACUAUACCCAGGUUAGCUGUGAUGCUAAAAGUGAAGCGGUUUACAAUAGGGAGGCUAAUUUUAGCCACUUUACGAGGUGCCCCAGUAGGAGUGCUGCAGGCAGCUUGAGCGACAGCACCGUCGGUUAUUGUCGGACAGAUUCAAGAGUGAGCGAUAACUAUUCAGGAAGAGAGGAAGACUAUGGGUCCAGCUGUGGGUCGGGCGAGGAUCAGCUGCAGCAAGCAGAGGUGGAGGCUCACUGGCUCAGUAUGUCUCCCUUGAGUCAGACCGGAGAAGGGAGGUGGAGAGGAGAAGCAGAGGGGGGCCUGCCCCUGAGGUCACCUAUCACCAUCAGCAGCGGGACGUACACUCAGAAACUGGACUCCUUCUCCGAGGCGUUCCUCUCCCAGCGAAAGAGACGGUUCCCCGUGAUUCAAAGUGGGGAUUCCUCUGGACUGUUGUGGGAGUUUGGCGAAACGCCUGGAUUCGUCAACUCGAGUCACGGCUGUGCUUUUGAUUCAGACCCCUACCUGCCGCCUGUCUCCUUCUCUUCCCCAGUUCACCACUCACUUCCAUCCUUCCCCUCUCCUCCCACAUCGUCUCACCUCGUGUCUUCAGUUCUCAGUCCUCCUCCCACACCUCUACCCCCUCCUUCUCACUCGCCCUCCAAAAUGGACUCUCCCAGCGCGUCUGGAGGAAGUGGCCAAGAAUCAAUUGGCCCGCUCCAGUUUUUCACAUCCCACCUUCAGCCUCUCCCAUCUGUCCAUUGCUCUGGGAUGAUGUGGAAGUUUCCUGUGCUGUCGCACAGCUUUCCACAGACGUCAGGUGACCCCAGCAGCAGUGACAACAACUUAAGAUCUUCCCAUGUUUCUCAUUAUGGAAAUAUUACUGCUGUACAUGACACCCUACAGGCUCCUGAGUCUCCAUUCCUCACUUCCCCAUUCCAUCAUUCGUCCCUCCACCCUUCACCCAGAGACCUCUGUCCCUUGAACGCUGCAUCCCUCCAUCUUCUCUCUCCUCCAUCUCACCUCACCGGCCCAAGUAACGAGGCAGCAGAAGACACAGCUCCUUACUUGGUGAGCCAGAAAGCAAAGAUGGGAUCAGCCGCUGUGCAGCAACAAGCCUCUCCGGUCUAUACCGGAACUCCAUUUCCCAGUGUCCUUCACCCGAUCAGGGGCCGGAAGAAGGGCCACUACACUCCACGACCCCUGCUCAAUCCAAUCCGCAGAGGGACGGGGCUGUACUCCUCCCUCUUACCGUUCCAUCACAAAGAGGAUAAACUGGCAUUCAGAGAAGUGGAAGAGGAUUGUGGUGUUUUACGGUGUGUGAAUGUAGGGUUUGAGUUCCAGGCAGAGCUUCCACCAUGCUGCGUUCAGGGCAAUGGGUCAGAGGCUUGGUCCCCAGAUGACCAAGCUCCCAGGGAACAGCUGCUCUGGAAACCAUUGCUGGAGCUGGAGGAGAGUGCCAACUUACAAAAUCAAGUGGACAAGCUGCUUUCAUUGUGUAGUUCGAGCUGUCUACCAGGAGGGGGCAGUAACACCGAGCUGGCUCUGCACUGUCUGCACCAUUGUCAGGGGAACACAAUGGCCACGGUGGAGAUGCUGCUGUUCUGGCAGCCCUCUUCAGCAGGAGACUACCACUACUCUGGGAGUGAUUUUUGGACAGACGCUGAAAAGAGUCUCUUCGGUGCAGCUCUGGGUACCUACGGGAAAGACUUCUCACUCAUACACAAAAUGGUAAGGACCAAGACGGUGAGCCAGUGUAUUGAGUUUUACUACCUGAGCAAGAAACUUGUGGACAAGCAGAGGAAACAGCAGGAGGAAGAGAACAGAGAUGAAGAGUUGCAGCAGCAGAAAAGUGUGACGCCCAUCUGUCAGCCAGCGGAGAGACGGUUUGGGCAGGCAGAGGCGGUCCCCGCGCCCUCAUUGGCCAGCUUCUUCCCCUGCAAGCUGUGUGGCAAAAUGUUCUACAAAAUCAAAUCCCGUAACGCUCACAUGAAGAUCCACCGGCAGCCUCAGGAGGACUGGGGCGACAGGCGGCUGCAGCACCAGAUCCUCACGCAGCGUCUGGCCCUCAGCCGCUCCGCCAACCCCAUGCCCACCUCAGGCAGUAACCUGCUCCCACCUCAUGCUCCAGCUCUGACCUUUGCCUCCUCUGGAACAUCACACACCAGCAGCAAUGCAGACAUUAUCCUCAACUCUAUAACCAGCAGCAACACCAGCACUCCCAGCGCUGCCCGAGGUCCCAGAACGGCAGUAACAUAUAACAACGUCCCUGCGUCAAACUCCCGUGUGAUCACCAGUGUUGACGCUGGUGACUCAAAUCAAAGAGAGCCCACCUCUGUCUUACCUUUCCACCAGACAUGGAGCUCAUAUGGACCCGGUCCCACUCAGGCUGUCUUCUUCUGCAACACAGAUGGGAAAGAGGAGCCUGGAGAUGGGACAGUGGGAGGAAAAGAGCCAAUCAACUGGCAGUAGCUUUUAAAUCUCCCAAAAGCAUUACUACCGCUGAAGUCAAACUAUAAUUUACACUUCAAGAUUAUGUAUCUUUUUGCUGUAACACUUUCCAUUUUUGACCUUCAAAUAGCCGCUUUAAAAUUAGUUUGAUGGGUCACUGACUUGGAAUAGUGAGAAUGGUUCAGCUUCCAUUUCCCACGCCUCAACCCCCGACAUCUGUUCUUGCUCUAUGUAGCUUUGGUGAUCUAGCCCAGCAAGCUCAAGAGUUACACCGAACUGUAGAUUAGUUAAAAAGACAGCGACAUCAUUUAAAACCAGCGCUUACCUCCAACUUUCUAAGCAGAGUUUGGUGUGUUUGUUUCAUCAGCAGCUGUUCUUGUUCAGAAAGCUAGUAAGUGAUACCCACCAGUUGUGUUUAAGGGACUAUGCAUACAGAGCUCUGGUCAAGAUAUUACGAAGCUAAAUGAGUCCAACCGAAUGAAUCACCACAUGUGGGUGCAGGGGGCGCUGUAGCUCAGUAAAAGAAAGAGAUUUUUUUUUGUAAAUUGUGCAUUUGAAUAAAAUUUGUAACCUUGA